CGCUAAGCCGUUUGGAAGUAGCAGUCUUGCAAGUGCCUUCGGUGAGAGUGGUCGUCCAACUCUCUUCUCGCGUCGCGUCGCGUCGGCUUGUCUAUUGUGUGUGUCGUUUGAUCUUGGUCUCGGAUCUCUUGAUCCGCGCUUUAGUUGGUGUUUUAUAGUUUGUGCGGGGUUUCCCUUUUUUGCGAAGACCGCGACGUGAUUUGAAAGGUUUUUAAUUGCCGCGGGUGUGUGUGUGUUUGCGUUUGUGUGUCGGUGCGUGCGUUUCUUCGUUCGAUACGUUUAGUUGCCACUGAAUAGAGAAUAAGACCCACCAUGCGCUCCUUGCUGAGCGUAGUGGCGGUGGUGCUAGGCGUGCUAAUUAGUCCGUCCCGCACGCUGCCAAAUGGUGCCCCGGAGAGCGUUUGUGACACGAUGCUGCCCAAGCACGGCAACAACAUCCCCCCGCUGACGACGGCGUCCCCGUUCCGGAUAACACCGGGCACGUCCGUCAUCGGCAGCGGUCAGCAGCUGCAGGUGGAAAUUGAAUCCUUCCCGACCAACGUGGUGUACAAGGGCUUCAUGAUCCAGGCCCGGAACCGGUACCCACCGUACCAGGUGCUGGGACGCUUUGAGCAGACCGACGAAGGUGCCAUCAAGCUGAUCAACUGUGGCGGUCAGGACAGUACCGCUACCCACACGAACACCCAAACGAAAAAGGACCUCGCCCUGGAGUGGGUCGCUCCGGACAACUUUGUGGGUGAAAUCGUGUUCAACGGCACGAUCGCUCAGGAUUAUGCCCAGUUUUGGGUGGGGAUCGAAUCGACGCCGGUGAAGGUCGUGGCCAGCGGACAGCCACCGUCGGUGGUGGGAAUUUCAACGACGAGAAGGGUACCAACGACCACGACUGUGCCGCCGUACGUGGCGCCCACUGCUGUGAAGGGCGAAACCGUCGAUCCGAUCUACCAAGGCUGUGGCGACACUAAGGGGUGCUUCGGGUUUCCGGAAGGUUGCGUUGAGACUCGUAAUUGUCGUGCUGUUGUUGCUACUGUUGUACAGGGCGAGCGGUACAUCUUUGAAAUGAAGUCUGGCUACAAUCGCCCAGCCUACAUCGCCGUGGGCCUGUCCACCGAUGGCAAAAUGGGUGACGAUUCGGUUAUCGAGUGCGUUCCGGAACAGGGCACCGUCAAUGCGUACGCAUCGUGGACCUUCUCCGGACCGUACGGCGUGUCCCGCCAGGGCAUUGCGCAGAACUUUAUCAAACUGGUGCAGCAGUCCUACGUGGAUGGUGUGAUUCACUGCACCGUCGAGCGAGACGCCGUGACGACCGUGAAGGGACAGCGAUUCGAUCUGAUCAACGAGAAGUACCACCUGUUGCUGGCGACGGGAUCUUCUGCUGAUUCUACCCACGUGUCUUAUCACGACAUUGGCCGUCACGUGACCGGAGUUCCGCUAGCAUUGGCCGAGGUUGGACCUGUUCAGGGUAACUCUAAGCUGUUCCUUCGGUUACACGGUGCCUUCAUGUUGACCGCUUGGAUCGGAACGGCUUCGCUGGGAAUUUUGCUGGCGCGCUACUUCCGUCAGACCUGGGUCGGCAGCCAACUUUGCGGAAAGGAUCAGUGGUUUGCUUGGCACAGGUUCCUGAUGGUGCUCACGUGGCUGCUGACGAUGGCCGGAUUCGUGAUCAUCUUUGUCGAAAUUGGAGGCUGGUCUCAGGUGGACAAUCCGCACGCCAUUCUCGGUGUGGUGACGACGGUGCUGUGCUUCCUUCAGCCGAUCGGAGCGUACUUCCGGCCACAUCCUGGUACCAAGCGGCGCCCGCUGUUCAACUGGCUGCACUGGCUGGGUGGCAAUCUGGCUCACAUCAUUGCCAUCGUGGCCAUUUUCUUCGCCGUGAAGCUGCAGAAGGCCGAGCUGCCCGAGUGGCUGGACUUUAUUCUGGUCGCGUUCGUGGCGUUCCACGUGUUUAUGCAUUUGAUCUUCUCCAUUUUCUCCUGGAUCCAGAUCGGUGGCUGCGUCAGCGAACGACGCAACAGUCAGCGCGUGACGUCCUUCCCGAUGGCAGAUAUGACUCCAUCUCGGAACUCGAUGAGUUCGGGCGACCGCAAGCAGGACGCUGCCUUCUCCGGCUUCCGCAAGGUGAUGCUGUUCUUCUACAUCAUCAUCAUCUUGGCGUUCGUGGUGGCCCUGGUGGUCAUCACCGUGCUAGCCCCGAUUGAGGACACCUACGAAAGCAUCCGGAAGCAGAUCAUGAACUAAACAGUCGUCCAAAUGUGUGGCAAAGAACGCGCGAAGAAUGAGCAGCCAGAACGUGUUGGCCAGUGGUCCAGCUUUACAGUUUGUUUUGUUUACCCGAAAUUGCAAUCUCUCGUCCAUGCUAGAAGAUAUAAUUGUGGGUACCCAUCUUAAGGUAUGAAAGUGGACGGCACUGCGGCCGUAGUAUGUCCCAAGAACCGCAUAAUUUGUAACAUAAAUCACUAAUUCUUAUCCGGAAUUAUCAUGUAGAUAAGCGUGUAUAGUUCAGAUUGUAUUGUAUCGAAUGUAGUAACUCCCCUAUCCCACGUGCAGCAGAGCUAGCAAAGUAAGAGAAAAACCAACAAUGAGUUGAUUAAUUUGUCCCGGUUGUACAGUUAACACGGAAGUUGCGCCAGACCAGAAGCAGUUUAGGGCACGAGCCAAAACCAGUCGAAGGUGUUUCAUCCACAGAAUCGUUAUACUCCCGUAGAAAAAUAUGUAAAAUUUCCUCGGAAACAGUAUUUAUUGCAUUGAUUUUGCCCACGGGCAAGAUGAAGUAUUGUUGGCUAAUUUUGAUAUAGAUGUUUUUGAAUGAAUUUAUACAUUUUUAAAUACUUUAUCUAUCAUCGAAACUCAAUCAGGUUAUUUGUAAUUUGUAUUUACUGAAGUGAAGUGAGGAGAACACAUAAUUUGUCGCAUUUGAAUAGAAACCAUUUCAAAACAUAGAAAAAAAGUAAAAAUACAUGUAAGUUAAGGACUAAAAGACAGUAAAAUAAAUGUUGCCAUCCAUCGA